CGCGAGGGGUACGCAUUACUCUCGUCGAUUGGUCGUGGACCCGGGGGCUCGAAACGUCGUGACGCGCGAAAAGCCGCGUGAGUGCCCGGUCGCAUUUGACAGCUCGCACCGCGGCCGGCGAUACUUUUUUUUUCUUUCUUAAUCACGCGCGCAUCGUAAUUAAUUAAGUGUUGUGUGUACGGUGAGAUGACGGCGACUUGUGAUUCACGAUAAUCGACGGACAAUCGAGACGGAGCAGAGUGGCAGUGAGGGUGGUAGAGGAGGACACCGGUGAAAAAAAGAGAGAAAAAGAUUGGAGCACUGCGGCACGAGAACAGAGUCUGCGACGUUACGCUGCUGUCAUUAAACGUUGACGAGGCAGAAAUGGCACGGCGGGAAUCUCGGUGAGGAAAGGGCGAGGGUGAAGCCCUCGCAGGAAACGGGAGCUAUGAUGAAAAGCUUAGAUUUCCUCGCCAGAAGGGCGCCACCUGCCGUCCACCUUUUCAUCGUUUUGCUCGCGCUCGCCCCCGCUUACCACGGCGUGGACCUCUCCCAAUGCAUCGCGCCGCUCGGCAUGGAGUCCGGGGCGAUCCCGGACAUGGAUAUCAACGCCAGUUCCAGCUUCGACACCGGAAACGUCGGUCCCCACCUGGCACGAUUGAAAUCGGAGAACCUCGGUGGCGCCUGGUGUCCUAAGGACCAAAUCACCAAGGAAGCUCGAGAAUGGCUGGAAAUCGACCUUCAUUCGAUCCACUUGAUCACGGCCACCGCUACUCAAGGCCGUUUCGGGAAUGGCGUGGGUGUUGAAUUCGCAGAGGCGUAUCUGCUGGAAUACUGGAGGCCGCGACUGGGCAAAUGGGUUCGAUAUAGAGACAUCAAAGGAGAGGAGGUAAUAACAGGUAACACGAACACGUAUUUGGAGUCCAAGCACGAGCUGCAGCCGCCUCUGUGGGCGAGCAAGAUCCGUUUUCUGCCCUACAGCUAUCACAGGCGGACGGUUUGCAUGCGGGUCGAGCUCUACGGGUGUUACUGGAGCGACGGCGUGGUGUCCUACUCGAUGCCCCAAGGCGAUAAAAGGGGCAACGGAUGGGAAUUCUUCGACGCGACCUACGACGGACAUUGGGACGGCGAGUUGCGCCGUGGUCUGGGUCAGCUGACGGAUGGUAGAACGGGGCCUGAUAAUUUCAAAAUGUACUACGAGAACGAUCGCGCCCCGGGCUGGGUCGGCUGGAGAAAUGAUAGCCGCAACCAGCCGGUCGAGAUCAAAUUUGAGUUCGACAAAGUCAGGGAAUUCUCCGCCGUCCAUAUCUUCUGCAAUAACGAAUUCACCAGAGGCGUCCAGGUGUUUUCUCAAGUCGACAUACUCUUCAGUAUUGGCGGGAAAUAUUACACAGGAGAACCAAUUACAUACACUUACAUGGAGGACAAGAUCUUUGAGACUUCCCGAAAUAUUACGAUCAAACUUCAUCAUCGAGUUGGAAAAUUCGUUAAGCUAAGACUCCAUUUCUCGGAUCGAUGGAUCAUGGUCAGCGAAGUAACCUUCGAUUCUGACAUAGCACACGGGAAUUUUACGCCCGAGGAGGCACCGACAACCGAAUCGCCGAUUCAGAGCGACGUCUUCGUGGAGAAGAAUGGCGCCGCCGAGGGCGAGCUUCCGGUUUCAACUGCGAAACACGAUGACCCUACGUACAUGGCGGUCGUGAUCGGCGUGCUUUCCGCCGUGAUACUUUCACUCGGCGUGGCGAUAUUUCUGAUUGUCUCGCGACACAGGCAACGCAAGUGCUUCGCCAGUCCGAUGACCGGCAAAGCCCCGUCGCAUCUAGGUUCUACCUGCGCUACUGUCGAGAAAGGCGCGGCUUUGAUGGCGUAUACCCUGGAGGACGAUGAAAGAUACGCGGGCGGUUCGCUACCGACUUUGCCGCGCGAUCUCGGCAAUCGUCUCCUGGAUAUCGUAAAGUUGGACGAUUACCAAGAGCCGUACCAGGCGCUAAAGUACGCGCCGUACUACAGCUACAGCACCGUCGUUAUGGAGAUGAAAGACAUGAUGCUGAACAACAAGGGCACCAACAUCAAUCACUCAGCGGUGUACGCGAAUGGUGCAGUUGACACGUCGUACGAUUAUGCGGUACCGGAACUCGGCACGGUGCCUCUGCUCAAUCAGGACGCCGGCGCCGGCCGCGGAGCGACCGUCUCCAGCGCCACCGGUGAUCAGGACAGCCUCUUCUCCAAGAGUUCGCGGGCUGCGAAGACCGAGGACAAGAAGUCGCCGACUCAACAGGAGGUACUCUCAGCCCUGAAGAGACGUCUGGAGCAGACCAGCGUACCGCUCUUCCCACGGCAUCGCCUUCGCAUGCUUUCCAAGCUCGCUGAAGGGGCCUUCGGAACGGUAUACGUGGCGGAAGCUGAAGGGAUUCCGGAAUACGGAACGACGACUACCCUCGGCAAGCGACUCGUCGCCGUCAAGUUUUUACUGCCGGAAGCCAGCGAGAAGGAAAAAUUGGAUUUCCAAAGAGAUGUGAGGAUUCUAGCUGCUCUAGAAGAUCGCAAUAUUGCUCGGGUUUUGGGUGCCUGUUACCGUGAAGAACCAUACUGUGUGGUGAUGGAAUAUUUGGAACACGGGGAUCUUUGUCAGUUUCUCAAGACACACAUCACUGCCGAGGACGCACAUUCCAUGCCGAUUGGCGUGAAGACACUUAGUUUCAACUGUCUCAUCUACAUGGCGGCGCAGAUCGCGUCGGGAAUGCGGUAUCUGGAGAACCUAAACUUCGUUCAUCGGGAUCUGGCUACUAGAAAUUGUUUGGUGGGUAAGGCUUAUCAUAUCAAAAUCUCGGACUUCGGCACAGACAACGAACUGUACGCUUGCGAUUACUACAAAGUCGAUGGAACUAUGCCGUUGCCUGUACGAUGGAUGGCCUGGGAAUCAAUAUUUCUAGGAAAGUACACGACCAAGAGCGAUGUAUGGGCCUUCGCAGUCACUCUCUGGGAAAUUUUGAACCUCGGCAGACGCGUCCCUUACGAGCACUUGUCCGACGAAGAAGUGGUGCAGAGUCUACGGCAGCUGCAUCAUGCCGCCGAUUGCAACAACGUUAAUUCCGAAGAUAAUUGCAAGGAAGAUUCGAGAAAUGUCUUCGAUUAUCUACCGCGACCCACUGCGUCCUCCAAGGACAUCUACGAUCUGAUGCUCGAAUGUUGGCGGCGAGAGGAGAACGAGAGACCGACUUUCCGUGAAAUAUCGCUCUUUCUGCAGCGGAAAAAUCUUGGAUACGCUCCAACAUCCUGAUAUUGAGCCCCAAACUUGAGCAAACGCGACAUUUUCAAUAAUCAUCCCGCGAAUCAGAACAACUUCGGUUCUGAAACGGGUCGACGAGCGUGUAAUGACAGGCAACGUCAUCAUUCGAAGAGCUGCAGGAAGCGAACAACGAGUGAGUGAGAACAACUAAAGGGAGAAAUAAAAAAAAUGAGAGCACGGAAAGGAGACAAAUAUAUAUCGCGACAUCGAAAAUGUAAGUACAACGAUGGAAUUUUAUUGCCUGUCAACGAAACGGGAUUGGGAUUUGGAAUUUUAUGGCAGAAAUCGAUCGUUCUUCAAUUUUAUUUCGAUUUGCAUAUUUUUUUCACGAAGUAAUAACGGACAGAAAAUACAGUUAGAAUAGAUAGAAGAGAAGUAAACGCGAGAGAGAGCCGAGGAUUCACUAUAUCGGAAUAUUCGUUGUAAGCGAAUAAUUUGAGCUAUCGCGUGCUUACGACUUACGCUGCGUGAAAUUCUUACUAACAAAAGUGCAUAUCUUAUCGAUCUAGAACAUGACGUCGCAAGAAUAUGAACAUCGGACGCGAGUACUCGUGCGACUGCAUUGUGCAACGAUUUAUGUAGCAAAAUAAGGGUAGAAUUCUUUCUCGAAUGUAAAGAAAGGCAAAGACGGAUACGAAUCUGUGAAUACGACAAUCGGACGAGAGAGCAGAAUAAAAGCUUGCCCGUCGUAGAUAGCUGUUCUGUGGAAAAUCUCCGAUCUGCUAUCGAAGAGACGGAUAUUUUGCGAGAUCAUCGAAGAGAAUUCAUUGUCUCGCAAUCGUCGAGAAUUUAGGAGCAAUACCAUGUAAUUGUAAUACAGUUGUGAACAUUCCUCAGCACGAGUGGGUAUCUACACUAGUCGCGACAAAUAUUACGCAAAUAGAAAGGGGAUCGUUACUUAAGAAGAAUAAGAUUAGAAUUCCUUUGGGAUUAUAUCAUUUCGAUUAAGGAUUUAAUGCAAAAAUGUGAAUCACAUCGACGUACGGCAAUAUAGCAGCUACGAUAUUAAACGCUACGACACCUGUUCAAGUUAAUCGUAAAACAUUGAGUGUUUUAUGAACGUAUGGCUACCUGUUUUCUCCCUUUCUUUCUUCCUCUCUUCCCUUCCCACCCUUCUCUCUCUCUCUCCUCUCUUUCUCUUUGUCUAUAAAUCCUUCCGUUUUAUUCUCUUUAAACGCGUAUAUUAUAUCGCCUAGAUAUUUUAAAUCUAUUUGUGAGACUACUCUACAUGUGAUUUACAUCACGAAAUUCUUUAUCGUCACGAAACAUAUCGCGAAACGACGAGUGAUUAUCGUGUAGUAUUAAUAACGUUAUCUUCGAUCAUGAAGAAAUUAAUCGUCUUUCUAACGCUAUUUUUGUUCGUGAACACAUCCGUGUGAAAUGUAGCAUACGUGAGAAUACUAAAUAACUUGAAAGACAGCCAGAGAUGACUGUAAAGAUUUCUCAAUAAUACAUGUUUAUUCGAACGAUAUUACUAAUUGCAAUUGCAGUUAACAAUUUGUAUGUGAGUGGGAUUCGUUAAUAUCAUAAUACUAGACGAAUUAUCGUAAGUUGUAAACGCAAGUAGACGAAGGGUAAUUUUAUCUAUUCUGCAUUAAAAGACGAUUAUAGACUACGUAUCAUGUGACUAUGACACAUCAUAAUUGUAACUUUACAUGAUAGGCGGGAUCAAUGAAAAAUUAGGAUAUUGUACAGAUAGACGUACCGUAGUAAGGAACGUUAUCAUUGCAUUUUUCGGGAAUGAUAAAUGAAAAUUUAACAGACAGAAAAAUCGAAACUGUCCCUGAGAGCGUUAUACAUUCGCUUGCAAUUUGAUAUUAAUGUGAGAAAACGUACGAGAAUUGUUUAGCUUCCGACAAAAUGUUCAUAGCGAGGUAAUAAGUUGACGAGUUCAACAUAUCGAAAUGUUUUUUCUUAUCGAAUAAAAAAAGUGCGAAGAGAAUAUAGAAAGUAGCCGUAACGAGCGUUUUAAACUUUAAAGUUAACAAUGAACUCGCCAUGUCAUUAUCUCCAUCGUACAUACUCGACUUCGAUAAUUUUCUUAAUCGACUUUUAAGUUCCGUGCAUAUAUCAGAUGGAUACUAUUAUUAUAACUUACGCGACAUUUAGCGAAUAGGCGCGAUGUUACCGUUAUAUCAUUAAAAUACUAUUUAUAUAAAUUAAAAUGUAUUACCGCAUAAGGAGUAGAUAAUACGGAGGCAUAGCCAUAUGUAGUUAAAAUACACGCGUUGAAUUUAAACGUAACUGGAAUUGCUUCUAUAUCACCGAGAUCGAAAGAUGUCUUAAGGCGAGUGAAAGAAUUCAAAUCACGGUCAAUGCGAAUUUCGCGUAUGGAUUACGAGGUAAUAGAGAUAGGCAAUACCAAUUUUUGAUCUUGCCAGAGGUAAAUAGUAAUAGCUGAUCGAUUAUGCAUUAACUGUAUAACAUUCUAAGUACAUAAUUUAAAUUUUGUAUAAAAGUGCCGAGUCAACAGACAUAUAAUUUCGUGCCAUCGCGAAACUUUGGCCAAUCGAUUUUUCGCACCGCGCGAUUGUGACUGAGUUGAAAACAAUAAUACCUAUUGUUGGUAUACACUUUUAGUCCGAAGCAGACUGCCAUUACUUUUAGAAUGAUAAUAGAGAAUGAAUUGUAGUUGCGUUUAGAUUCGCCAACAUAAGCAUAACGCUGCCUUUGGCUAUAUUGUUGCCCCUUACUGCUAACGAGUAACUUACUUGUCUACUCAUGUGAUAAUUUAGUAUAUUCCUACGUACCUAUCUCUCUGUACCUACCAAUUCGAAAAUCUUGCUAGCGAAAGGAUUAUUCGAAUAUAUCUUUAUUUUUAUUAUAAAUCAUAACUCAAAUAAAAGAUCAUAUAAUAUUUGUUUAAUUUUUUUUAAGAUUGAAAUGUGAGAUAACUAUAAAAAGUGGUAAAGAAUCACAAGACUUUAUGUUAGGAUCUAGCAGUUUCUUAAUCGUGCAGUUGCUUCAUAAUUUACUGCAAGUCGGACAUAAAGAAAGAAGUGAAUAAAAUGAAAUAAAAUGCAA